UUAGCCGAGCUAGCUAACUAAGCUAAUCUGAGAGCAACCGCGGUGACAGCUCGAAGUCAUUCAGCAAGUCGAGGCAGUGAGAGUGUGUGACGGCGGAGGAUCACUGUACAUUCCUCUGCCUGAUACUGGCUAACAGGUUACACUGGACGGCCAAGGCUAAAGUUUAGCUUUGAGCUGACGUCACCAGUGCUCUGAGAGACAGAAGUCCACGUUGUUUAAACGCAAGAUGCUACCAUGUUGUCAUUGUGGCAAAAAAAACUAGCGGGCUAGCACCGCUUGGGGACAAUAGUUACUCGCUACUUACAUUUGCUAGAUAUUAGGUAAUAAAACAGCCGUCAAGAUGGAAAGGUUCCCCAACAGGUUUGGCAAACGAGCUUUUCACUGCACCCAUUUUGCUAUUGUAGUAGAUUAAUAAGUAACAUUCGUGUUAGAUACAGAUUUUGUACCUGACUUGGUCAUAUUUAUUAACAGCUGUGGGUGGGUGGUCUGGUCUGGUCUGUCAGGACCUUGUUAAAAUACUUCCUCCAAAUGUGAGUGUGUGUGUGAGAGAGAGAAAGAGAGACCUAUGUCCUUGGUCCAUGAUAUUAUCAAAGUAUUGUCAUUGUGUUUACACCAGUCUAGCAGGGGCACAGAAACUACUGCAGACUGGUGAUGAUAGAUGAUUUUACUAAUAGAGGUCAUGUGAUGCAUCUUUCCUCUGUACCACCACCCAACCAGUUCAGGGGUUUCCUGUAUGAUGGGGUCCAGUGUGAAGCUUUGCCGCAGACUUGCCGGAUGAAAAGAGGUCCUUCACUAGUGUACAUGCAGUCAAAAGUUUAAAAAUGUUUUGUUUUGUUUUUUUUACAAUCUGUGUCCUUCACAAGGGCUGUGCCUCUGGUGGUGUGCCAGAUAUUGUUUGAAUAAGAUGCUGUUUGCAGCUUAAUUCAUUGGUUGUCCCUGCUUUCCACGUGUGUGUGUGUGUGUGUGUGUGUGUGUGUGUGUGUGUGUGUGUGUGUUUGUCUUUGCCGUUGUCAUUCGGGAGAGGCUUGUCCUUUUUAGCAAUAGACAGGUUGGUUGAGUGGCUGUUUGUUAAAGUGGCGUCAUUAGGAUGAAUGUGUGUGCCUGGUAAAGUAUGCGCAGGCUUGUUUUAAUGUGUGGCAUCCACGGCUGCUAGUGUACGAGGCCUCUUAAUGCUUUUUGACAGUGAAGCCCGGCAGGUCAUGAAGCAAAGGAGAUCGUACGGGUUUUGUUGUCAUCCGGCAUCACAGCUAGAGUCAGCCAUGCCUGCAGUUUCAUGAAACAUCCUGGUCAUUUGAGCAAUGAAAACUGUCGCAAUCGUUUCCAUCUAGUUCUGUACCAAAUUCAAGUACAAUAUCCGUGAAUUGAAAGCUGAUUUUUACAGGAAAAGUAUAUAUUUGUAGGCACAGAUGCCAGUAGAUGUGGCCUACUUUUAACUCCAUGAUAAAUGUAGAAAAUCAAGCUAAUUAUCUGAACCAAAAGUGGUACUUAAAUGUGAAAAUCCUAGGCUGAGCAUUAAUAGAUUACGAGAGACUUAUCCAAUUGUUGCAAGAAAAGCUGAGACAAAUGGAAUUAAAGAGAGCAUUGAAAUUGGAGAAUCAGCGACGUUAAUCAUCGGUCUCUUCAGGCUCACUUGCCACGAGGAGCUGAAGGGGCGAGAUAAGGGACGAAGAUGCAUCACUGGCUUAGAAGCAACAGAGGAAAGAGCGUGGGCUACUGUAACAGGAUUCCUCCGAGUCAGAUCUCUGUAUCUGUCUCCCUCGGUACCGACAAGCCACACACAAACCACAGACUGUGUUGUCAUGUCUACUUAGAGCAGAGGACUGCCGGUAGCUAUGUGUGUGCAAAAGAUGAGAAAAGAAAACAGGGUUAGGGCAAAAGGAGCACUUCCAUUUUUAAGCUAUAAGCAACCUGCUAUAGAAGGAGACCAGGGGGGAGAGCAAGGUGGGAGGCGAUGAUGCAACAGGGUUAACAGCAAGCCAAGAUGGUCCAAAUACAGAACAUAGCAUAAAUAAAGAUGUGAUAUGAAUUGUGACGUCAAAACAAAAUGUUGUAGACCUAGGGGUGGGUUAAAUACGUAAGGGCUCCAAACAAGUCUGAACAGGAGUUCAGGUGGAGCUGUGUUGGAGACACCCCACAACUCCUCCAAAUAGUUCACAUGCAGCUUUUGCUUCCAUUUAAGUUUAAAGCAAGUUUGGAGUCACUGGUCCAGCUUGUUUGUUGCCAGCUGACCUAGUUUGUAGAUUUCGGGCGGAGUCGUGUUGCUUUAGUUCCUGGUUCUGCGUAACCAGUAGUUUUUGUUGCCUGCACCUUGUACCACAGGAAAAAGCAGCUGCGGCAGCUCUGUCACUCUCAAAACCACCCACUCUGUCUUUCUCUCUGCUUCCUUUCUUCCCUCUGUUCAAGCCUUCAGUCUCAUUGGUCCGCUCUCUUCCUGGAAAAAAAAAAAAAGGUUCCAAAGCAUAGCCCUAUGUGUAAUAGGAAAUGAAGUAAUCAACAGGGAGUGGUGUGCGUGUGUGUGUGUGUGUCCCUAACUUAUUCUCACUUGGACUGGCUUCAGUUCUUCGCCAGCUUUCUCAGACAGGUAGAGGUGACUCCACUGCAGAUGAGGGAACAUGUUGGCUAUGGACCAAGGAGUGGUGGAGGACUGGCUGUCAGAAUAUAAGACCCUCCCUGACAGUGCUGUGUCCACCUAUGCUGCCUCACUAAAAGACAAAGGUGUUCUGGUCCCUGCACUCUACAAGGUCAUCCGAGAGAAUUACAGCGAUUUCCUGGAGCCAGUGUGUCACCAGUUGUUUGAGUUUUACCGAAGCGGUGAGCCGCAGCUGCAGCGUUUCACACUCCAGUUCCUGCCAGAGCUCCUGUGGAGCCUCCUGUCCGUCAGCGCAGCCAGAGACCCUCACACGUCCGGCUGCAUCGAGGCCCUGCUGCUGGGCAUUUACAACCUGGAAAUAGUUGAUAAAGAUGGCCAAAGUAAAAUAUUAUCUUUUACCAUCCCUUCCCUCUCCAAACCGUCAGUGUACCAUGAGCCCUCAGCUAUCGGCUCCAUUGCCCUCACGGAAGGGGCUCUAGCCAAUCACGGGCUGAGCAGGGUGGUGUACAGCGGGCCACACCUCCAGAGAGAGUCCUUCACGGCACAGAACAGAUUUGACGUGCUGACCUUCCUGCUGCUGUGCUACAACGCUGCUCUCAGCUACAUGACUGCCACCUCCCUCCAGUCUGUCUGCCAGCUCAGCUCCAGGGUGUGCAUAUGCGGCUACCCGAGGCAGCAGAUUCGUCGCUACAAAGGCAUUAGCACGCGGCUGACGGUCACGUCCGAGUUCCUGGUUCAGCUCAUCACAGGGAUACACUACGCCUUGUGUAAUGGGGAGGUUGAACUGGGAUCCAAAGCACUGGAUGACGUUCUGUACCGGGCCCAGCUGGAGUUGUUCCCUGAAGCUUUGUUGGUCGGUAACGCCAUCAAGUCGUCGCUGCACGGCGCCGCACUGAAGAGCAACAACAAGGAGGGUGCACGGAGUAUCCAGGUGGAGAUCACACCCACCACCUCCAGGAUCUCCCGAAAUGCUGUCACCUCCCUCUCUAUCAGGGGACACCGCUGGAAGAGACACGACGCAGUGGAUCUGGGUUCCCCGGAUGAGCUGAUGGAUAUUUCGGAGGUGGAUGAAGGGGUGUGGCCAGGCGGGAUGGGGCCGGACAUGACCCCACCCACCAUCACAAUUAGCAACAGUGUCACAACGUUGAACCUGGGGGCCAAAGCCAUGAAGAAGUGUCGGCUCGGCGGGCGCACCAACAAGGACAAGGAGGCGGGCCCUCUGACGAUGGGCCGCGCCGCCAGUGAGAGCGCAGAGCUCUCCGUCAAGCGACUGACGCUCACUUCCAGCCAAUCGGUGCCCAAGGCCGGUGCUCUCACCAGCCUGACGCGCACCGCCAGCGCCGUCUUCUCGCGGUCCUUCGAGCAGGUGGUCAGCAACAACGCCCCUCCCACCAGCAACCACACCGCCUCUGAAGUCGGCCGCUACUCGUGCAGCCUGCAGGAGGACGGACUAGGGUACUUGAGUCCGGCGGCAAACCACAAGCAGCAGCGCUCUCCGAGCAUCAGCGUGCACCUCGGCUCUGAUCUUUGAAACCCCCGUGUGAACCUCCUGACUCCCCUCGCCUCUGAUCCUGUGACCCUGUACCUGUGACCUGGAACUCCAAGCCAUGCCAACCGCAGCGGACCAGAAACACAUGAACGAACGCACUCCUGCUGGUUCUCUCCUCGCUCCAUUUUAACGUCUGAUUCUCUCGUGCUGUGAAGCUGGUCUGCUCCUCUCCCCACAGCAGACUCUCCUCUGGGCCUGAUGGAGGCCGGAUGUCACUUCGAGCUUCACUGACUUCUAGUAGUGCACUGCUGCUGUGAAGUUGUGCCGGGGGGGGGGGGGGGCUGCACCCCGUCGCAGAGCAGCUUGUCUGUAAAUGGGUGCACUUGAAACUUAUUACUAAAAAAAAAAACUGUGUGGAAAAGUUUUUGGAAAGUAUUUUAAUCGGCAUUUGUUGCCCUGCAUGGCUUUUCCAUACAUCCAUCCUGACCGUGCCCAGGUGUGUCAGAGGGCAGAUGUUGAGUGCGUGUGCGUGUGCGUGUGCGUGUGUGUGUGUGUAAGCAUGCUUGCGUGUGUGGACUGGAUGUGUGUAUGUACAGAUGUUUUUAAGAAUUAAAAGCUGCUGAUUGAUACAAUGAACAAGGUGUGAUUCUCCAAGUUGAAACAAAUGUUUCAACAACUACAAAGAAUUGAUCCCUUCCCAUAGCAAUACAAAUCUCUUCUUCUCAGUGUUUCUUCAUUCACACUUCUUCGUCUGUCAACAGUUAAAGUUGUGUGGUUUUUUUUUUUUGUUUUUUGUUUUUUUUAAAAGAGAAUUUGCAUUGUUCCUCAACAGAAAAAUGACCAUUUAAUAAUCAACCAGUAUGUUAAGAAUUCGUUUUGUUUACAAUGACACCGUAUUGUCAUUGUGAUGGAGAAGCAAUAUUUGUGUUCUUCCUUCUCGCUCCUUUAGCACCUUCCGGGAAAAAUAAACCUCCAACUUCUGACAUGAUCAAGGGGAUUUUGAUUUUGGGGGACGAUGGGUGUGAAUGAUUUGUUAAGUAUUGAAUUUUGCACUUGAAAGAGCAAAAAAAGUUGCUUCAACUUCGGUAUUUUCUUAUGAUGAACAAGAGAGGUCUGACUCUCAACUGUGGUAUUUUCCUGUGAGACAGAUGUGAUGUGUUGCUCCCUACGUAUAUAACCACACAGACAUGAAGUCCACCCACUUCUACAGAGGUGAAAGAAUCCGAUACCCCUGACUAAAGAUGUAAAAAGUCGACCAAAACUGUACCUGAACCUAUUCCUGUGUUCUGCAGUGGGAAGGUGUGUGUGGGGGCAACAAGGCAUCUUUCCUCUUUUCUGAUCCACCCACCACUCCUGCUGUUUGUAGUCCUUUGGUGAUGUGUUUCCUGUGUCCCUCCUGGUUGCCCACAUCAUUAUCAUCACGUCACAAGACACGGUGAUAUCCUUUUGUACCAAAAAAAGGAAUUAAACUCUACCCAUCUGCUACAUUUGGUUUCCUAAAUCAAGCUGCCUCACCCUCAAGCAAAAGUGUGUUCUGUUGUUGGUGUACUUGAGCUGUCGAGUGUCCAUAGCUUGGUGGGACAAUAACAAUCAUUGUGUUUCUGUAUGUGGGUUUACAGAAUGUGAAUGGGUAAGCUCCUGUUGUACAUCAUACUGUUGUACUAAAGUUGGUUUAUAUUGGCCUUUCUAUGUCUGAAGAUAACUCAUUGCUACAACUUCUCGGAAUAAAGUGUUUCUAUAUUUCA